AUGCUGCGAACGGGCUGUAGCGGUGCACAGAAGGCGCUGCGGACACCACAAACACGCCGGCGUUCGUUGUUGUCGCGACACACCACACCCUCUCAACCUUCGCUUUGGCUGCUCGAGUCGGCUGUGUACGCUCGUGUGGGAUGGUCGAGGGCGUUGUCGAGCACGGCGAGAUGUCUGGAAGGGCAGGCGGAGCGGAAACUGCCUUCCCUCGCCAACUUUCCGCCAGAGAAGAUCCGCAAUUUGGUCAACAUUGCUCACAUCGACCACGGAAAAUCGACUCUUGCGGAUCGCAUGCUGGAAAUGACGGGGACAAUUCCGCUCAAGCCGAAGAACUUGGACAUGUUGGACGGCGAGGGAAAGAACGAGCAGGUGCUGGAUACGCUGAAGGUGGAGAAGGAGCGAGGAAUCACGGUCCGCGCACAAUCAGCCACUAUGUUCCACACGCACUCGGACGGCGAGCAGUACAUGAUCAACCUCAUCGACACGCCAGGUCACGUCGACUUUGCGAGCGAGAUGCUCCGGUCACUCUUGCCGAGUCAAGGAGCGAUUUUGUUGGUCGAUGCGGCGCAGGGAGUGCAGGCGCAGACGUUGACGGUGCUGGACGAGGCGAUGAAGCGGAAUCUAGAGAUCGUUGGAACGGUGAACAAGUGGGACCUCGUCAAGGACGAUGAGCGAGGACCCGCUGCCGUACAAGAACUCGCCGACCUGCUCAGCUGCGAAGAAUCCGACGUCCUCCGCGUCAGUGCGAAAACUGGCUGGGGUGUCGAGACUGUGCUCGACGCCAUCAUCGAGCGGAUACCACCGCCACCCAGUGCGAAGGAGGGCGAAACGUUACGAGCGCUGGCGUUCGACAGCUGGUUCGACUCCUACCGCGGCGUUGUCAGCUUGAUCUCGAUCUUCGAAGGCGAGCUGAAGAAGGGCGACUCUAUCACCUCGACGAUGACGGGCAAGACGUAUACAGUUCUCGACGUCGGCAUCCUUUCGCCGCGCGAGGUCAGCAUUGCGGAUCUUCCUGAUCCCGACUCGCGAGUAUUACGAAAAGGAAUGGUCGGAUAUAUCACCUGCGGCAUGAAGGACCCGAAAGAUGCCUUCCUCGGCGACACCUUCCACCUCACUUCGCACCCUACACCACCUCUCGAGUCGUUCAAGCCGCUCAAAUCGAUGGUCUUCUCCGGCAUCUACCCUCUCGACCCCGGCGGCUUCCUCAAGCUUGAAGAAGCGAUUCGACGACUUACGCUUACCGACCGCUCCGUCACCGUGAACCGCGAGUCGUCGUCGUUCCUUGGCCAAGGCUUCCGUCUCGGCUUCAAUGGAAGUCUACACAUGGACGUCUUCCGGCAACGGCUGGAGGACGAGUUUGACGAGGAGGUCAUCGUCACCCGCCCGCUCGUCCCGGUCAAGCUCGUCUUCAAGGACGGCACGGAGAAGACGAUCGACAACCCCGCCGACUUUCCUGAUCCCAGCUCGCAGAUCAAGGUCGCUGAGGUUCUCGAGCCGAUGAUCCGCGCUACUAUUGUCACGCCAGACGAGUAUACUGGCCCGAUCAUCAACCUUUGCACCUCCGCCCGGGGCCUCCCUCUCUCGCACAACUACCUCUCGACCGGAUCCGUCUCCGCCGCUCCCGCCGACCCUAACGCACCCGUGUCCGCCGCACUGAAGCCCCGCGUCUCCAUGAGCUACCUCCUCCCCCUCUCGUCCAUCAUCACCUCCUUCCACUCGACUCUCAAAUCCAUCUCGUCCGGCUUCGCCUCGUUCGACUACGAGGAAGCGCCCUACGAGUCUUCCGACCUCGUAAGGAUGAACAUCCUCGUCAACGGCACCAAAAUCGAUGCGCUGUGCACGGUACUUCACCGCGAUGAGCUGGUGACGGAAGCGAGGGCAUGGACGAAGCGGUUGAAGGAGGCGAUCCCGCGGCAGAACCAUGAGGUCAUCAUACAGGCGGCAGUUGGCCAGCAGAUCGUCGCGAGGGAGCGCGUACCACCGUUUCGUAAGGACGUAUUAGCGAAGCUUUAUGGCGGAGAUGUGACGCGUAAAAUGAAGUUGCUCGCCAAGCAGAAGGCGGGCAAGCAACGACUUAAGGAGCGUAGUAUUGGGAACGUCACGAUCCCGGUCAAGGCUUUCCAUGCCGUCCUUGGCGGGCAGGAGAUGAAGCGCAAAUCAGGUUAG